AGGGAGAGGAGAGGAGACAAGGGGGCAUUUUAACAGCAGCUCCACUUGCAAAUAACAAGCCUGAAUUCUGGCUCCAGAAUUAAAAACCUUUCCACCCCCAAAAAAUCAGCAUCUGUGCAAGUUGGACCAAGAGUUUGUCAAGAGUGUGGUUCAAAACUGCUUGGAAAAAGGGAUGAGUUACAGGACAGUUGAUGAACCUUCCAAAGCCUAUUACCAGAAACGCUUUCCCUCCGUUCAUUAAAACAUGUAUGGUGUACCAUGACACCUCGUGGCAUUUAUCUUUACUAAAGAAAACAAUUUUCAACUAUUGAGUCUGUGGACGAGAAAACACAAAGAUUCCCAAAUGAAUAACCGAAAGGAAGAUAUGGAGAUUGCCUCCCAUUACCGUCAUCUGCUUCGUGAGCUCAAUGAGCAGAGACAGCAUGGCAUCCUCUGUGAUGUUUGCAUUAUAGUGGAGGGGAAGAUCUUUAAGGCUCACAAAAAUGUUCUGCUCGGGAGCAGCCGCUACUUCAAGACUCUUUACUGCCAGGUGCAGAAGACGUCUGACCAGGCCACAGUCACUCAUUUAGACAUUGUAACUGCACAGGGCUUUAAAGCCAUCAUUGACUUCAUGUAUUCUGCACACUUAGCAUUGACGAGCAGAAAUGUCAUUGAGGUGAUGUCAGCUGCUAGCUAUCUUCAAAUGACUGAUAUUGUACAAGCUUGUCACAAUUUCAUAAAAGCAGCUCUUGACAUAAGUAUAAAGUCUGAUGCCUCAGAUGAUCUUGUUGAUUAUGAACUUGGGGCUGCUUCCAGCAGUAGUACAGAUGCUUUGAUUUCAGCAGUGGUGGCUGGUAGGAGUAUUUCUCCGUGGUUAGCUCGACGAACAAGUCCAGCGAACUCUUCUGGAGAUUCGGCCAUUGCUAGCUGUCAUGAAGGAGGGAGCAGUUAUGGAAAAGAGGAUCAGGAACCAAAAACAGAUAGCCACGAUGACAUUUCAUCCCAGUCUCUUUGGUCCAGUGACAUGGUCUAUGGGUCUUUGCGUAUCAAAGAGGAGCAAAUUUCACCAUCUCACUAUGGAGGGAAUGAAUUGCGUUCUGCCAAGGAUAGUGCAAUACAGAACACUUUCUCAGAACAAGGAGCAGGGGAUGGCUGGCAACCCACUGGACGCAGAAAGAAUAGAAAAAAUAAAGAAACUGUGCGUCAUAUUACACAGCAAGUAGAGACUGACAGCCGGGCAAGCUCUCCAGUGCCAUCUUUUUUAUCUGCCUCAGGAUGGGCGUACAACAGUCGUGACUCAAGUGCUGAUGUGACAGAACCCAGCAAUUCAGGAGUGGAGAGAUCAGACCUUUACACAAAUGUUGAUGAAGCACUCCUAGGAGGUGAUGCUAGCUACCUAUCUCAGCCUCUUACCCCGGAGAAGGAUGAUGCACUUCAGGCUGCGACAGUUGCUAACCUGCGCGCAGCCCUCAUGAGUAAGAACAGCUUGUUAUCUUUGAAAGCUGACAUGCUGGGAGAGGACAGUUCUCUGCUAUUCGAGUACUUACCCAAAGGCACACAUUCUUUAUCUCUAAACGAAUUCACAGUCAUCAGAAAAAAAUUCAAGUGCCCAUACUGCAGUUUCUCAGCCAUGCAUCAGUGUAUCCUGAAGAGACACAUGCGAUCCCAUACAGGAGAAAGACCCUAUCCUUGUGAAAUCUGUGGGAAAAAAUUCACACGCAGGGAGCACAUGAAACGGCACACCUUGGUCCACAGCAAAGAUAAAAAAUAUGUAUGCAAAGUGUGCAACAGAGUGUUCAUGUCUGCUGCCAGUGUGGGAAUUAAGCAUGGUUCCCGACGCCAUGGAGUUUGUGUUGAUUGCUCUGGUCGAGGCAUAACAGGCCACUUAGAUCAGAAUGGAGGAGAAGGAUCUCCAGAUGAAUUGUAUCCUGGUGAAGGCCAGUACAUGGAGGAUCCAGAUGACAUGAAGGUGGAGGGAGAUGAAGAGAUGGGGGAUGAUGAUGAUAUAAAAUGGAAAGAUGAUGUAGGAAUUUCACAAGAUGAUGUGAUUCUAGAAGAUGACAAAGAAGAUGUCGACUCUCCACAGGAGCAAGAGAACUCUGGAGAGAAUGACAAGGAUUUUACUUGGAUUUCUUAGGGAAAUGGGGAAGGUUUUGUUUGUAGGGGGAGGGAGGGAAGACAGAGUGUGCUGGGAAAAACUAAGUAGCCUUGUUGUCGUCCAUGUGUGCAAAAGAGUUGUUUGUGGGGUUUUUUUAAACAAACAAGUCCUUUCUCUGUACCAUUCAGAUACUGUAUUAGUAAGUGUCACUUUUAGUGGCAUCAGUUACAUCCCUUCCCCUUCUCCCCCAUGGAAAAAUACGAUUGUCUGUCUUUGCCUCUCUGUGGGAGCAAAUCAGAUUGCAUGCAAGUGACUUAAAGUUUCUGAAGAUGUGAGCACUGUGAGGGGGGAGAGACUAGGAGACAGUGUAAAGCAUGUGUUCCUUUUAUAAACCUUCCCCACCCUGAAUUAAAUACCAGGGAGGUUUUGCGUCCCAAACCAUUUUUUUUUUUAAGUUUUGUUUGUUCUAAAUUCACAGCAGCAGUAGACUUACUUACAGACUAGUAUCAUGUAAAUAAACUGACCUGUGUGUUUGAGGGCUUCUCCAUAUAACCCAAGCCUUUCACAAAGAAUUAAUUUAAAUAUUUAAUUUUUUUAAUUUAUGUCUUUUUUUUUUUUUU